GAGUUUGGAGUUCGUCACCUCGAUUGGACAAACCAAAUUGAGGCCUGCAUUGUCGAGAGUGAUACAAUCGUGCCUCUACUGAGCAAGGAGUCGAGAAAUUCCCACGCACUCAUGCUCUCCGGCUUCACACAAGAGGGCCAGUGGACGCCAAAUGGAUCAGCUCAGCCCACUUGUAAAAUACCAAAUCACACAUUGCUUCAGCCUCAUUCUGUACGGCGUCGGACUCCCCAUCUGCAGGCCGGGAAGCAGGAAUCCUCACUCAAGGGGGGCACCGUUGGCCUGAACAUCUGA